ACACACACACACACACACACAACACAACACAACACAACACACACUCUCUAUUCUCUCUUAUCCACCUCAACCAUGCAACAAUCCCUUCUCCUUUGAGAGAUUCUCUUCAAAAUGGCAACCCACAACAACCUCCUCCCCACCACCACCUCCACCCAGGCCGGGGCCGGGCCAAGCCGCCGCUGGCGUAAAUUCCAGUGGCGUGGGGCCCGGCCCCUCCCCCUCCUCGGGUGCCUCGCCCUCGGCCUCCUCCUCCGCUUCGCGGUCCCCAAGCCGGACGCCGUGGGCCACAAGGGGUGGUCCCUCCUCUCCAUCUUCAUCGUCACCAUCGCCGGCCUCAUCCUCAGCCCCCUCCCCGUCGGCGCGUGGGCCUUCACCUGCCUCACCAUCGCCGUCGCCACCAAGACGCUCGCCUUCGCCGCCGCCUUCGCCGCCUACACCAACGAGGUGACGUGGCUCAUCAUCACUGCCUUCUUCCUCUCCAAGGGCUUCGUCAAGACCGGCCUCGGCGACCGGAUCGCCAUGUUCUUCGUGUCGUGGCUCGGGAAGGGCACGCUCGGCCUCUCGUAUGGGCUGGUCCUCGGCGAGCUGGCGAUCUCACCGGGAAUGCCCAGCUCCACGGCCCGGGCCGGCGGGAUUUUUUUGCCCAUCAUUAAAUCGCUCGCGGCCGGGGCCGAGAGCAAGCCCAAUGACCCGACGGCCAGGAGGCUCGGGGCCUUUCUCGUCCAGUCGCAGAAUCAAAGCAACAACUGCACAAGUGCAUUUUUCCUAACCGCCGCAGCUCAGAACCUGCUGUGUGUGAAGUUAGCCGAAAGCCUCGGUGUCAAGAUCGCGGAUCGAUGGGUGACAUGGCUGAAGAUAGCGUGCAUGCCCGCGUUAGUGUCCCUUUUGGUGACUCCAGCAAUCUUGUACAAGAUUUAUCCACCGGAGAUCAAGAGCACCCCCGACGCCCCUGCAAUGGCGCGCCAGAAGCUCGAACAGAUGGGGCCCAUCAAGCGAGAUGAAUGGAUCAUGAUAGCAACAUUGGUGCUCACCGUUUCACUAUGGAUCGCAGGAGAAGCUCUGAAUAUGUCUAGUGUGGUUGCGGCCAUGAUAGGCUUAUCAGUACUACUGCUAACCGGCGUGCUAGAAUGGGAAGAUUGCCUGACUGAGACACAAGCUUGGGACACAUUGGUGUGGUUUGGAGCUCUAGUCGGGAUGGCGACACAGAUGACUGUUCUUGGUGUCAUACCGUGGCUGUCAGACUGCGUCGCCUCCUUUCUUAAAUCGCUCUCGCUCAGCUGGUUCGGAUCAUUUAGCAUCCUCCAAAUAACCUACUUCUUCAUCCACUACUUGUUUGCUAGCCAAACCGCGCAUGUUGGGGCGCUCUAUUCCGCUUUCCUUGGCAUGCAGUUGGCCUCGAAAGUCCCGAGCUUACUCGCUGCGUUGUCUUUGGCCUAUAAUACUAAUCUCUUUGGUGCGAUCACACAUUAUAGCAGUGGCCAGGCUGCAGUCUACUAUGGGGCUGGCUUUGUAGAUCUUCGUCAUGUUUUUAUUUUGGGUAUAACAAUGGCUCUAAUUCAGCUUGUGAUAUGGGGGUUGGUUGGAGCUGCCUGGUGGAAGAUUUUGGGGCUUUAUUGAGCAGGUCGGCCGCCUUUCCUUUCGUCCAUGGUGUUUAUUCAGUACACGUGACGUGCAUUGAUGACAAACGAUGUAACAUGAAAAUCAAAAUUGGAAAUGAAAUAGGUUUAUUUUCUGUGAAACAGGGGAGCUACCGCCUACCGGGAUGUGCUAGAAGUCGAUUUUGGGUAGCUCGCGCGCUUAUCUGCACCGUAAUAUAGGUUAAUACAGGAGCCCGACACACCUACACAUUUAUAGGUAUUUAUACAUGUAGUUGUGUAUAUUUGAGUUGAGGAGCAUAGGUUGCAGAUGUGAAUGUCUCAAGUUGCUCACUUAAAACAUUGCAGAAUAACAUCCAAGUUACUGUAAAAGUGCUCAAUAUAUUUUGCAAAUAUUUACCAAAAAUAGUUGUGUUUUACUCUAAAA